AUGUUCACCACCGUGAGUUAUUUUCUGCCCAAGCCAAAUGUGACUGCAAAACCAAACAGCGCCAUUGAGGAAUUGCAUCCAGUUCGUUUCUUCUGCAGUGCACCCAAUGACCUAAUGAUUACGUGGUUUAAAGAUGGAGAACUUUACACCAAGGAGUCCCAUCUCUUGGACAAUAAUAAGACUCUUUUAAUUCCAUCUGUAACCAAGAGCGAUGCUGGGGGAUAUCAGUGCCAAAUUACCAACCACACCAGCACAAGAAUCAGUGACAUUCUCAACUUCAACGUUGUCUAUUUCAUGGAAGACAAAACGGGGAGCUAUAUCUGCCAGGCUGGAAAUGAUCUCCUUCAGACGAAAAGAAACAGCAGCAGCCUGGAGAUUUACUUGGAAAAAAGUCGCGUGAGCAACGUUACCAUCAAACAUCCACCUGAGGCCAUCGAGGGCAGGCUAAUCUCCUUGCACUGCACGUCAAGAGGUGACAGUGUUUCAUAUUCCUGGACCAAAGGGGGCCAGGUGGUCCAUGCAGAUGGCCGCAUCUCUUUGAAGAACAACAACCAGACCCUUGAGUUGAAUCCAGGGUACCGAAAUGAUACUGCAGAUUAUAUUUGCCAUGGUAACAACAGCAUCUCUUCCAACGAGAGCGAACCCUAUCACUUGGACAUUAUCUAUGGACCUGACCCUCUGAUUAUCAAUGAGACUAUUGAUGUCCCAAAAGCGCAGAUCAAAUUGACUUGCAAAGCUGUUGUGCAUCCUCCUGCUGUUUAUACUUGGUUUUAUAAUGGAACAGAAUUGGAUAAUAGGAUUUUGUUUCUGAAAAUUAGCCCAGAGAAUUCUGGAAAUUAUACUUGUAGUGUGAUUAAUCCAAUCUCUUUCCUGAAGAGAAAUACCACCUUGGAGAUCAACAUGAAAAGAAAGUUUAAAAGCCUAAAAUAGAAAUGAAGGAUGGAAAGACAAGGGUCUUUCGUUCUCUGAUUUCUGAUGGAAAAUUCCAAGGCAGAAAAAUGUAAAAACAGCAGCCCGUUUGAGACUUCAGCUGCUUCAAAAUCACUUCGAUUUUUUGAAAUCUGUACCUCCCUCUUUAAAGCCAAGUCCUUGGAGAUCUUAUCCAUGCAAAUAUUAAUUACCCUAAGUUAAAAACAAAUCAUGAUCACUAUGUAUUAGGGUGGCAAUUUUAUUCUCAAAGGCAUAGGAUUCGGAUCUUCUAAUUACAUUUUAAAAGUGCUUUGAAUCAUUGGUUAUUCAUACAUGACAGAAGAAUGUCCUUGCUUUGUUUACAUUCUUAUGAAAAUGUAUUCAUUCCAAUACUUGCCUAUGAUUUCUCAUGUUCCCCUCUGGAAAGAAAAUGUGUGCAGUUAAUCACAAAUGCACAGAGAAGCACGGAAAAUUGUAUUCA